AUGUCACAACAAUUUUUGUAUCAAAAAGGCGAACGAAUUCUUUGUUAUCAUGGACCAAUGAUUUAUGAAGCUAAAGUGCUAGAUGUAGAUUAUUUGGAUCAAAAACACCCAAAAUCAGAUGUUUCCGGACCACAUUAUUUAAUACAUUAUAAAGAACCCAGAGUUUUAAAAUUUAAUGAAACUAAUUUAUCAAAACGAAAACAAAUCGAAGAAUCAUUUAAUAAAAAAAAUAAAGCAACAACAGGAAAGAAGAGAAGAAGAGAACAAUCGAUUGAUAAAGAUGAAAUUCUCAAGAAACCUAUAAUAGCAAUUCCAAUACCUGAAAUGCUAAAAUCCAUAUUAGUUCAAGAUUGGGAAAAUAUUAAUACAUCACAAUUAGUCGUACGAUUACCACGUAAACCAUCAGUGGUAGAUAUAAUUGAUCAUUAUAAAUUAUUACUAUAUCAAUUAGAGAGACAACAAUAUAAAGAUUUGAAAAGUAAAUUUGAUAAAUUGGAAAGUUCACAAUUAUAUGGAGCUGAACAUUUUUUAAGGUUAUUUGUAUAUAUUCCAGUUUUAAUAUCAAGUUCUAAUGUAGAAGAAGAUACAUUGACAAUAAUAAAAGAUCACCUAAUUGAUUUCUUAAAUUUUCUACAUGAAAAUCGAAAAACUUAUUUUUUGGAUGAGUAUCAAAAACCUCAAUUUUAG